AACCACAGGGCUCCGGGCCAGGGCGUGCUGCCCCUGGGGAGCCGGCAGGAUGGCUGAGGGCAGGGCGAGCGGCGCCGCCGGCCUCUUCGCCAAGCAGGUGCAGAAGAAGUUCAGCAGGGCCCAGGAGAAGGUACUGCAGAAGUUGGGGAAAACUGUGGAAACCAAAGAUGAACGGUUUGAACAAAAUGCCAAUAACUUCUACCAACAACAGGUGGAAGGCCACAAGCUAUACAAGGACCUGAAGAACUUCCUCAGUGCAGUCAAAGUGAUGCAUGAAAGUUCAAAGAGAGUGUCAGAAACCCUGCAGGAGAUCUACAGCAGCAAGUGGGAUGGUCAUGAGGAGCUGAAGGCCAUCGUAGCGAAUAAUGAUCUCCUUUGGGAAGACUAUGAAGAGAAACUAUCUGACCAGGCUUUGAGAACCAUGGAAAACUAUGUAGCCCAAUUCAGCGAGAUUAAGGAAAGAAUUGCCAAACGGAGCCGGAAACUCGUGGACUAUGACAGUGCCCGACACCACCUGGAGGCGGUACAGAAUGCCAAGAAGAAAGAUGAGGCCAAGACUGCCAAGGCAGAGGAAGAGUUCAACAAAGCCCAGGUUGUAUUUGAAGAUCUGAACCAGGAACUACUAGAGGAGCUGCCUGUUCUUUAUAAUAGUCGUAUUGGCUGUUAUGUGACCAUCUUCCAAAACAUUUCCAACUUGAGAGACGUCUUCUUCAGGGAAAUGAGCAAGCUGAACCACAAUCUGUAUGAGGUGAUGAGCAAACUGGAGAAGCAACAUUCUGACAAAGUCUUUGUGGUGAAGGGACUCUCAAGCAGCAACAGACGCUCUCUAGUCAUCUCUCCCCCAGUUCGAACAUCUACAGUCUCCAGCCCUCUUACCUCACCUACCAGUCCCUCUGCACUUUCCUUGAAGAGUGAGAAGGACUCCACCUCAGCAAGUGAGGAAGAGCUGGCAUCUGAUCCGGCGCAGGGAGAAGACGACUCGGAUAUUAAAAAAGAGCCCUUAAAAGACAAGGAAAUAGAGGAGGAGGCUGAAACAAGCUCCUCUGAGGAGGAAGAGCCUCUGCUAGCUUUCAAUGGCCCCUCCCAGGCCCAGCCCUCACCCACCGUUGAGGGUGGAGAGUCCCACGAGGAAAUUCUCCCUUGCUCCCCAGCUCCAUCACCAGGCAGAGCUCUGAUCCCUUCAGAGCAGGCCUCAUCUUUCCCAGAAGUAGUCCUCCGAACCCGCACCUCAAGCGAAGGAUCUGAACAGCCAAAGAGAGCCUCUUUGCAGAGGGCCUCAGCACCGCCUGAUAGGCCUCCUCCACCCAGAGCCACUCCCAGCCCCAGGUCCUCCGUAGGGAACAUUCCCUACAGCCCUACAGCCUCUGAACCGAGUUCACCCACCAGCCCUAGGGCCUCCUUAGAGGCCUCUCCUGAUCCACAGCCACCAGAGAAGCCAGCAAGAACUCCUGAGGUUGGAGAAAAGGAAAACACCGAUAAUCUGAACCCAGAAGAACUUUGUACUGCCCCAACCUUGAUGAUCUGUCAGAACCAAGGUCUUCAGCUUCAUGUCUCUGCGGUUCCAGAAGAGAGCAGCAUCAUAGCACCCGAGCCUCAAGAAGAGGUGUCUACCAUUCAAAAUGUACAACUCUGAAGAGGCACUGCCAAGACCUCCCCACACACACCUCCCCAGAAAAGCCCCUCAGCUAGAGGAUGUAAGUCAGAGAGACUUGAGAUCCAGCAUUCAUUUCUGGCUUCUCAAACUAUGAAUGCUGGCGGUCUCUAAAGACCUAGCAUUAAUGGAGGCUGAGGAGCAGACUUAGGGGAGGGAGGGAGGCAGUCUUGAGAGAAGAGACUGUUAGACUCGGAAUAUUUAACUCAGGUUUUAGCAUUGUUAGAAUAAUAAGACUUUAUAUCCUAAUGAAGUGGGGCUAAAAUGACUAUAAAAAGCAAAAGCAUCUGUAGACAUAGACAUUUGUCCCCCCAUGGGCAUAUAAGCACACAUACUCAGAGAAUAGUGAACAGAUCUUUGAUUUACCACUCAUUUGGCAAGACUUAAAACCAAAAGAACAGAUUUUCAGAUUGUUAAAUAAAGUAUUGUUC